GCCAUUACUCAACGUACGGAAACAUGCUGCUGCCUUGGGAUCGAUUUUGGAUACACAUUUUGAUGCCAUGGUUUGUGCUAGUGGUCUAUCAGGUGGUUUGCGUUAGCUGUCAGAAGAAUGGGGCCGUUGUUGGUGAUUUUCUGCUUUCGAACGUUAAAAGCGAUGAAGCUCGAGCUAAUGCCCUAUAUUAUGCAACACUAUGGUAUCGUUUCUGGGAGUUCCCGCUGAUAAUCACAAUCAAAUGGGCUGUCCUUUUGGCAGUUGUGCUGUUUACAUUUGGCACCACGGCCAUUCAAGGUUUGAAAAAUUACAAAUCAGCAGACGAAGGAUCGCAUGGGCCGAUUUAUAUCGAUGGCCAUGUUGAAAGUUAUGGAGCACCAUCUUCUUGGUUCAGUAAAUGGGGUUGAUGAUUGCAUCAAUGGAAG